UGAUCAGCCAUAACAGCAUAUUGGUACAGCAUAUGAGCGACAGCUGUCGAACUGCAUAGGAUUUCAAGAGGGAAACUCGAGUUGACAACUUUGUAAUAAUAUUAUGGUGAAAUUAUUGAUAAUUAUUUUAAAUCAUAACAAUUAUUACGCGUGAGUGAUAAAAAUGUCAAUAGAAAUCGUGCCGAAAGAUCUGCGUGGACUAAGAGCAUGUUUAGUGUGUUCUUUAAUUAAGACAUUUGACCAGUUUGAAUUCGAUGGUUGUGAAAACUGUGAUGAAUUUCUACGAAUGAAGAACAAUAAAGACAAUGUUUUUGAUUGUACAAGCUCUAAUUUUGACGGAAUGAUUGCUGUAAUGAGUCCAGAAGAUAGCUGGGUUUGCAAGUGGCAAAGAAUAAAUCGCUUUUGCAAAGGUGUCUACGCCAUAUCAGUGUCGGGACGAUUACCAGCUGGUGUCAUCAGAGAGCUGAAAAGUAGAGGGAUAGCCUAUAGGCCGCGCGACACGAGUCAACGAUAAUACGAAUUUAUACACGAACGUAUAAAUAAAUAUUAAUUAUAAAUAAUAGGAUUCAAUUAUUAAUUAUAAAUAAUGGAACUUUUUAUAUAGAUAGUUACAAACAAUGAAGUAAUUCAUUUUUACACAUUACUAUUGAGAAACUUAAAAAUCUGUAUUGCUUUUUUAAUAUACAUCUGUAUACGACUUUGAUAGAUUAGUUGAAAUUGCUAUCAAAACUUUUCCUCAAAAUAUUUCCGUAGAUCACGUAUUUCGUAUUUGCGAAAAGAUUUUAAUUCGAAAUAUAUGUUACUCUGUGUGUUAAAGUUCGAAAAUUUUGAAGAAACAUAACGAUCACGGUACUAAAUGAUUUACACAAUCAUUGUUCGUAGAGUUGUGGGUGAGAGCCUAUGCACGGAACUUUGAAUGCAUUAUAAUUUAAUUCCAAUUUAGUGGUCAAACGAUAUUUACAAAUUUAGUGAAAUAUAGUAUUCAAACGCUUCAAUCCCUUGUUGGACUCUCCUAAGUGAAAUUAAACGAAUAAAGUCAUAAUAAGUCAUACGCCAUUCCUACCUGUUGUUCACAUAAGCGGUCUUUCUCGCUCGAAUUGAUAGUCAUGGUUGUGAUCUUUAAAUAGUUACAAACACGAAUUAUAACUGAUAUUAUUAUACCCGGAUAGCCACCUUCUUGAUAGUCGCGUGAUUUUCUCGCUCAUCUGCUUUGUAUGGAUUAUUAUCAUUUUAUUUGUUUAAUUUUAUUAAGGAGAAUCCAACGAGGAACCAGAACGUUUGAAUAUUACAUUGCAUUAAUUUUAUAAAAAUUUUGUUGUUGAACUACUAGAUUGGAAUUAAAUAAUAUUUCGCUAAAAAUUCCGUGCAUAGGCUCGAAAAUGUUGUAUUAUAUACGGACUAAAAUUAAAUAUCACUCGCUGAACAUAUAUGUGUAUUUAAUUGAGAAUAAAAUAAAGAAUAUCUCAUUAUCUAAAAUUAAUUUCUUGCACAACGAAGCUAUAAAUUUUCGCAGUCGGAAACGGAUAUGCAAAAUGAAUGUAACUACGCGGAAAACGGUCGCAGCAUGACAAAGCGAUGUCCAGGGCAAUUACGAAUUACAGGCAUGCGACACGAGGACAGUUUGCAGACAAAAACUGUAGUCCUGUAAAAAUGAACGAAUUAAAAAGAAUCGCUAGGAAGUCAAGCGGAAACGUUAAAUUUGUAGUCUUCGAGAUUAAAGCGUUCCGGAAGGUCUAAAGAAAAAUCAAUUGAUUAAUUCGACACGUCGAAAUUUCAGCUGAAGUACUGAUCUUCCUUCUAACUUCCAGUCGUUUUAUUAAUCAUAAUCUCAAAAGUUCGCGCAGUCAAAAUAAUUAAUAGAUAAGAAUAGAAAAAAAAAACUUUUCAAAAUUUUAUAAACAAUAUUCUUAAACCUGGAAAAAAAUUUGGUUGAAUUUACCUGACAUUGGACAAACCAGAAGCGUUUGGAUGAAAAAAAUAAAAUUGCUGAUCCUUAUAACCUAAAUUCUUAUAACCAGAAAAAUUCUGUUUUCUCCAAUUAAAACAUGUUUGUUCAUCUCGUCGGGUAAAUUUAACCAAACUUUCUCUUCCGUGUACAAAAAUUACAUAUUCGAGUAUACAAAAUAAAUGAAUAGAAACAUGCUUUUUCGGGAAUUGAAAAAUGAAUUGAUAAAAGAUGAAAGAUCUUCUUUUCAUUCAGCUAUUUUUACAGGGCGACUCGCGUCAGAGAGUGAAAGAAAUAGGUACGGUAGGUGAGACGUUCGUGUGAUUUGGAAAGUACAGAGUACUCGCAGAGAUGUAUAGCAUGUAUAGUAUGUAUACAGUAUACAU